UGUUAUCAAAACAUAUGAUAAAUCAGGCACGGAUUUAAAAUGUUCCUGAAAAAAAUGCUAAAUUUUUUCCUUACUUUAUUAUAUUGCGGUAUACAAGUAGGUCCUAUACAUUCUGAACAUCAUCAACAUUUGCAAACAUUUAUUGGUAAGCCAGCGCCAAAAUUUCAUACAGUUGCUAUAUUCGGAGAUAAAUUUAUUCAAAUUAAUUCUUCUUAUCAUGCAGGAAAAUAUCUUGUUCUUUUCUUUUACCCUUUAGACUUCACUUUUGUAUGCCCAACUGAAAUACUUGCAUUUAGUGAUAGAUUUAUGGAAUUUGAAAAUUUACAAACAAAAAUUAUUGCAUGCUCAGUUGAUUCAGCUUAUACUCAUUAUGCUUGGGUAAAAACUCCUAGAAAGGAUGGUGGUCUUGGAAAAAUUAAUAUUCCACUAAUGUCAGACUUAAAUCACAACAUAUCUAAAUCAUAUGGAGUUUAUUCCAAAGAAUUAGGACAUACAUAUAGGGGUUUGUUCAUAAUUGAUCCACGGGGUAUAUUGAGGCAAAUAUCGAUAAAUGAUCUCCCAGUUGGUAGAUCAGUUGAAGAAACGUUGAGACUUUUGCAAGCUAUUCAACAUGCUGAUAAAUAUGGGGAAGUAUGUCCAGCUGAUUGGAAACCAGGAGAUAUAUCGAUAACACCUGAUCCCGAACAAAAGUUACUAUACUUCCAGGCUGUUAACAAAGUCAAAAAAGAACUUUGAAUAAGAGUUGUAUUAUUCAAAAUGUGAUAUUUUAGUUAUUAUGAUUUUACUAUAUCUAUACUUUAUCUGUUGUCGUAAACACUGACCAAAAAUUAUAAAUCCAAAAUUAGAAAAGGCAAGUGAUUAAUAUAAUUAUAAUUAUUACCGUAAAUAUUCACAUUUUAUUUUCAUUAAAAUAUAUUUGUUGCAUGUGGGAUUUCAUAAAUGUAAUAUUUUCCUCGGAUUUUACAUGCCUUUUUGUUCCUAUCUAAAAAUUAUUAUU